AAAUCACACUCACUUAAAUUCAGAAGAAGACAAGGGCAAAUCCCCCCUUUGAAGAAAGCUUGCCAAGAAAGCCCUGUGAUAGGUUCACCUUAGGGGGUCCAUAAGUCGGUGAAGGCACCCAGCAAUGCACAGCCUAUCAGUGCAGCACAAACAUGCUGAAAUGUUACUGGAACACACUUUAGUCUGAAUCUUAUUAGGUGUCUUAACUAGAGUAGAUCUCUUCAAUCAGUAGGACUGUCCAUUAAGUACCAUUCAGUAAUUAAGUCAGUGAGUCUACUCUUGUUUUGUUCUCCAUAUCCUAGUGGUGUGUUACAACGCCAGACUGAAAAUGCAGAAAACUUUAAGGUCAGUGAUCUCUUCAAAGAUCAUCUUGUGUGAGAGAAAGAAAAGCACUGCUGCACAGCAUGGUCACCUCAGCAUCAUCUUGACUUUCGUCCAUGCUUGUUAACAUGUAUUGAUUCCCCAUACCCACACAAAUAUUAAAGGGCAUGAGUUACCUGUGUACCACCUGUCCUUGGCUUAACAGAAUAAUUUGUCCUCUCUUGUUUGAAGACAAAAGAUGGCAAUUUAGUUGCAAAAUAACACUGGCAUUCUGUAGAGCUAUUUGGCCUACUUAAUUAGCACCUUUGUUCAUUUUCUUAGCAAAAGAAUAAAUCUCUCCAUUGUUCAAACACCUGUUUUAAACAGAUAUGUGCAUCAGGCAAAAAGCCCAAAACAAAGAAUUUAUACUAUGUACCACUAAUUUACUAGAUGUACUGUAGAUUAAAGAAAAAGCCAGUCAGCCUUGCGCAGUUGCUAUUGUCUUUUAUUUAAAAUUACAUCCUAUCUUUCUCUCUGGUGAGUUCAAAGCAGCCUGUGCCAAGUGGAGUGCCACAGAUUUCUGUCCUGGGUCAGCAUCAUUCACAACAUGGAUGAACAAGUGGAGAGGAUACUCAGCCAGUUCACAUAUGACAACAAGCCAGAAAAGGUGCAGAAUUCCACUUGGACACUGCCUGGACACUCACUUGCCCUUCCUGGAGGGAAAAUGUUCCAGUGCUGGAAAGCUGCCUUCCCCUACAGGUAGAAGGAGGAGCCCAAUGGAAGUGUGGAGUGGAAUGUCAUAUCCUGCCUACAUGAUGUAUAAACUUGGCGAUUGUAAUAUAUUAUACUAUUAUGGUAUAUUAUUCAGGAGUGGGGGAAAUUACAUUUUUGGACUAUAGAUCCUACAAUUCCCCAGCCAACAUGGCCACUGGAUGGGAGAUUUGUAGCCCCCCAAAAGUAACUUUUCCAAGUUCUGAUUACAUUUAUUUAUUAUUUAUUUAUCCUGUACAAGAUUUGGGGGAUUUGUAGCCCUCAAAAGUAAUUUUUCCAAGUUCUGAUUGCAUGUAUUUAUUAUUUAUUUAUCCUGUACAUUAUUUGCAUUACAGUAUUUGUUUAUAUUACAUUGAUCACAUUGUAAUAUUUACCACCAUAUUCCCCCCCAAACUUACUUGCAUUUGAGGUUUCCUUUAAAGAUUUUCAAAAGAUCAUCUCCCUACUACCAAUGUGAAGCUGUUCCUAAUCUUUAGUAGGAAAAAGGAAUUGAAGCAUCCUUUUAUUGCAUUGCUUUCUUCCUAAUAAAAAUAUGGAAUAGUUUCAAUGAUAGUAGGAAGAAUGCCAUUUCCCCUCAAGAAAUAUUGGCAGAGAUUAAGUAACUGUUGCAUGCUCUUUGUAGUGAGCUUGUUAAAUCAACCUCUAAUGGACAGCUGAAAUCCUUUUCCAAAACAUAAUGUAAUUUAACCAAAGUAUAAUUAAAUGUUCAGUAAAGCCAACACAAUUAGUCUAAUGUGACAUGAUAGUGCAAAUUUGUAAUUUAAAAAAAAAAUUCAAACAUGGAUGUGAAAAGCACCAAGAGCAAUGGUUGUGGCAGUGAUGCCGAUUUAUAAUUCCUUUCUAUUUCCUUUCAUCUGAAAUUAAUACAUUAUUUAUGUAACAUAAAAGAUGUAACUAAAGCACAUGUUAUCAUGGCCAAGUCAGAUGUCCCAAGGUAUGGCCACAAUUGGUUCACUAGUUUCAGUUGUGCAAAUCCACUUGUUUACCCUCCAUUCUGAAAGUGUCCUGUUUGGACAAUGUACGGCCCAGACCACAAUUCUGGAGGGAACAGUGUGGAUGAUAUCAUGUUCAGCACAUGGACUGGGAUAUUCUGACCCUUAACAUGAAUCUUAAAAACCUACCUCUUACUCCAGAUCUGUUGCUGCACCAGGGUGACUGUCUGCACAGGUGUCCCACUGAGCCACCCUUCACGUCUGCCAUUGUCACCAGUCAUUCACUCGGAGGUCAAAAUGAGAAUCAUAGUCAUGUGAUCAUUGCUGAAUGCCUUAUUCUGACUUCAGAAGUGAGUGACCAGUGGCAGCAGUCAAUGCACCAGGCGGUUCAAUGGGAGACACAUGCAGAUAGCCAUCGUGGCACGGAAACAGUGAGCCAGGUAACAUGGGAGCUUGGGGCAGCUCUGAGGCCAGAAUGCUGGCUACCUCCAGAAUAUCCUGGCCAGUGUAGAAAAGGCUCUAGCCCACACUGAAACCUGAGCAUCAAGGUUUAAAGCUAAGUCCAGCAGUACAUCCAAACUGUGAACCUGUAUUUUGAGAUUGAGCACAACCCCAUCCAGCACAGGUUCAGUCACUAUUUUGAUCUGCCUUGCAAUUGACCAGAAUCAUGACCAUUACUGUUGGCAGGCACCAGUUUAGAAUCAAAACAAUUUUCUUUGAUUGAGAUGGAGAAGAGAGAUAGAGUUGGGUGUCAUCAGCAUAAUGAUGGCACUGGGCCCCAACACUCUGGACAGCCUCUAUCAGCAGUUCCAUGUAUAUGUUGAAUAGCAUGGGGAACAAAACACAACAAGGAGUCAAACAGGAAUCCAUCAAUAAAACCAUAUAGAUUUUCCAGGUAGAAACAGAACCAUUGCAAAACUGUCCCUCCCCUAGUCCCAUUUCAUCAAUGGGGCCCAGAAGGAUACCAUGGUUAAAAACUGCCAAGAGAUCCAGGAAAACCAACAGGGACACACUCCCCAUGUCCAGUUACCAGAGAAGAUCAUUUAUCAUGAUGACCAAAGCUGUUUCUGUACCAUAACCAGAUCUGACACCAGACUGAAUGUAUCUAGAUAAUCUAUCACAUCCAGUAGUCCCUCAAGCUGUGGGGACACUAUAUGCUCCAGUACCUCAUCCACAAAUUGAAUAUUAGAGACUGGCUGAUAAUUAUCUGAUACUCAAGCCAUUGUGGAGGCUGUAGUACAAAAAAAGUAAUUUUUGUCAAAGCACAGAGGUGUUUCAGCCUGGCUUCCAAAGGUGUCCAGACUUUCCCUCCUCUGAAUGAGUUUCAGUUGUGAACCCCUGGAAAAGCAGACAAAAUCUUGAAUUCAAUUAGCCCCAUAUAGAAUAGACCCAGUGAAUUGAUGAGAUUUGUGUUGGCUCAAUCAACAGUUUAUCUAGGGCUCUGCUCUAGUUGGGACUAACUAGAUUCAGGCCUACAUCACCACAUAUUGGCUUUAUAACACUGAUCCUUUGCUGAGCUUGGAAAAUAACUUUUUAAAGGUAAGCUAAUCAUGUUACUUCCAGUGUUUAAAAAAAACCAAUAUGAUACUAGCCAAAACAUUGCAUCUUUCUUUCUUUCUACAUGCAUAGACUACAAAUACUUAUCUUGACUGGUGCAGAUCUGUCAAAGGAAGCUGUUACCAUCUAUUUUGAUCAUCAUUAAAUGUGUCACUGUAGAGAAAAAUAAUGGCUCUCAAGGGAAAAUAACUGCUCUCAAUGAAGAUUAAGUGUAUGUAUGUGCUUCAAGUUGCUCAUUGACUUACGGUGACCCCAUAAAUUUCAUAGAACAUUCUUAGGCAAAGAAUACUCAGCGGUGGUUUUGCCAAUUCCCUGCUCUGAAAUAUAGCCUACAGCAUUCAGUAUUUGUUGGUGGUCUCCCAUCCAGGUAGUAACCAGGGCUGACCCUGUUUGGCAACUGAUGCUUUUUAGGUAUCAAAAGCAGGUUUUCUAAAUUAGGGUUUCCUUGAUCUCCAUGUUAUAGGUAAUGACACUCUUGGAUCUUUGGCUCAUAAUCAAGAGAGCUUCUAGUACAUUAGGAUGAAACAAAUACCCCUUUCAAUCAUGGUUGCAGCCAGUGUUUAGAUUUACAUUACACAAUGGUACACAUCUUGUAUCAGAAAGGCUUUUUCAUCCUAUGGGAAUUCUUUACAAAUACACACUGUAUUUAUGGUGAACACCCCAAUGUACAUUCAUGUUUUAAACAUUAACAUAUAAAUAUACCUUGGGUGUUCACCAUGAGUACAGCAUGUGUUAAAAUUUAAAGUGUGUGUUGUAGAUAAAUCAUUUUUUAAAAUCACAAAAAUGAAAAUGGUGAAAAAUGUGCAAUUAAAAAUACAUGACCAGACUAUCAAGUAAAGGAAUUUGUUUCUUCAAAUGACCACAUUGGCUGUGGUGGAACUAGAAUAGGUGUGCCUUCUUUGAUUUUUCAGCUACCUUGGGAGUGUGUUGGGUCCCCAGCAACUCAGAAGUAAUACAACUCUAAUAAUAAUGGUAGCAUUUUUAGAUUUGGUCCUUCUAAGAGCUGCUCAGGCAGGCUCAUGACAUUUGCAAGGACAGACAAGAUCAAGGGCUGUUGGGACUUCUGUUUUCUCUCUUCCUGCUGGGCAGCUUUGUAAAUUUCUGAUUUUCCCAUCAACAAAACCUCACUUUUCAACCAGAUCACAACAAAGGUAAGCCAAAGAUGUUAAGCCAGUGAUCUUAUUUCUUAAAAUAGUGGAAGAGGGUUCAAGAAGGUUGCUUCCCUCCAUGAAUCAUUUAUAUGGAAAAUUCAUAUUUUCGAAACUCUGUCCACAAUAAUAUGAAGAGAGAGUUUGCCUCUUUUAAGAACAAGUUUCUAUCAACUCUACCUUCAGUUUCAUAAAUAUGCUUAUGGAGGGAAAUGGACUUCUACAGAGAACAGAAGCAGCAAAUGUGCUUUAAAAAUCUGUGAGUGCAUGUCACAAAUAAAAUGCAUAAUGUAAUUUUUCUUAUCUUGUUCCCUUCUGAAAACUGGUACUGUGAUUUCAAGGGCUCUAUUUAAUAAUAGUAGUAAUUCAUUUUAUUUACCACAUUGAUAUACUGUCUUUCCUUCAAGCAGCUCAGAGCAAGAUAAUCCCAUGUUAGGUACAUAACUAACAGUGUGAAGCUGCUUAGACUAUAGAACAGUGAUGUACCCAGAAAAAUCUUGAGAUUCACAGCACUUUAACUGCGUUUCACAGCUAAGGAGAAACUGGAAUCCAGAUAUUCCUAAUCCCAUUACAACUACGAUUUCUAUCCUAUUUAGGCUACAUCAGCACUGCAGAAAUAAUCUAGUUUGACACCAUUUUAACUCUAUGGUUCAAUGUUAUGGAAUUCUGGGAACUGUAGUUGUGUGAGACAUUUAGCCUUCUCUGUCAGUGACGUCUGGUGUUAUAACAAAUGACAAAUUCCAGCAUUCAAUAGCAUUGAGACAUGGCAGUUAAAGUGGUAUCAAACUGGAUUAUUUUGGAUGUCUAGAUGCAGCCUCAGGAAUGGUGUUACCAUGUAUCCAGACAUAUUCAAUUAGCAUUGCUAAUAGCAUGUGCUAUUAAAUGUUAAACAGGAGUCCAGUUGUACCAUAGUUAUUUAGCCCCCCAGAAUCAACAAAUGGAUUGUUGAGAUUGCAUUGUUUUGAUAGUGGAAAUGGUGAUUAUUCGAUUAAUCCUUAUUUUCUCUAGUUGCAUUCAUAGGACUUUAUCACACGGGGGAAAGUGGGGGAAAGUGUUUUAAACCAACAUUAUCCCAUGAAAAUUGCUCAAUCAUGGUGAAAAUUAUCACACAAUGUCGCGAUUAAAGAGGACUUAUCCUGGGAAUAACCAGGUAAUAACCAGCAACAAAUCAUGAAUGGGGAAAUCCCAUGAAUGAUUUGUUGCUGGUUAUUGCAUGGUUAUUGCCGGGAUAUAUCCUUGCACAAUUUGCAUGGGAUAAUGUUAGUUUAAGCCCCCAAUUUCCCCCCAUGUGAUAAGGUCUAUAGUUUGCCUUUCUUCCAAAGAGCUCUUCCAACUUUAUCCUCACAGCAAACAUGUGAGGUAGGUCAGGCAGAAAGAAUAUAAUUGGCCCAAGGUCACUAAGUGAGUUUCAUAAACCUGAAUCUCCCAAAUCUCAGCCCAAAAUUCUAUUAUUCCCACUGCUGUUCCUGUCACAUUGUGGGGACAUCACAUGGUGGUUUUUGUUCUUUGUUUGUUUGUUUGUUUUUUAGUUCCUCACAGUAUAGGGUGAUCAGAUGUCCUUCUUUUCCAGGGCAUGUCCUACUAUUCAAUGUUCUGUCCAGGAGGAAUUCCAAAAUGUCUUCCAUUUUGAGCAUGACUAAAAAGCAUGAUUAUACAUUUCUAUCAGCAUUUUUAGCUUUUGUGUUGUACCGUCCUACAUUUUUCUUGAAAUGUUCUACGUUUUGCAGGGCCUUGUCCUCCUUUGUGGUUAUGACAUCUGGUCACCCUGUCACAGGAUAAAAUGCGUUGGGCCAUUCUUGAUUGAAACAGUGACCCCGAACUGAGUGAGGAGCCAGACGCUCAUUGCCUCAGAGAUUUGUCUAUAAUAAAAGCAAGAGCAGAAUACCUUAAAACUAUUGGGCAUCAUUUUCCUUGGGAGAGAAAGAAACAACAUUAAAGUAUAGUUUUCUUUUGAAAGUCACCCCAUGUCAAUGCUAAUUUUAACCUACCAGUAAAAUUAAGAUUCAUUUACCUGCCUGAUAGCAGCAUUACACAUCAGUGUCAGUAAUUGCACUCAGAUUUGAGGAUCACCGAAUUCUAUCACAAUUUCUUUUUCUUUCCCAAAGUUACUCCCCUCAAUUAGGGCAGCUGCAUCAUUUGUCAUGGCUACCACGAUGGCACCUCCUCCCCCUGGUUGUGGCAACAUUGACCCUGAUUAUUAUUUCCUCUGUGACAUCUGUGAAGCCUGGGGCAUUGGACUGGAGACUGUGGCCACUGCAGGCAUCCUGGUCUCUCUGGUACUCCUACUGCUAUUCACCAUACUUGCUUGCAGGGUCAAAGACAAAAACAAGAAAAACAUGGUGCCCAUUCAAUUCUUCUUCAUCCUGGGCACCUUGGGAAUCUUCAGCCUCACCUUUGCAUUCAUCGUCCGACUCAAUAAGGCAACUGGCCCUGUCCGUUUUAGCUUACAUGGGGUCCUAUUUGCCCUCUGUUUCUCCUGCCUUUUGACCCAUGCCUUCAACCUCAUCAGGCUGGUGAGAGGAAAGGUCCCUUAUUCACAACUAUCACUGUGUGUCCAUGCUGUUGGCCUCACAUUUGUUCAGAUUAUCAUAGCUGUCAAAUAUGUUGUCAUUACAGUAGAAAGAGAUGGCAUUGACUUGGCUAGAAUGGAGAGAGAACAACGCAACAAGGACUUUGUCAUGCUGGUCAUCUAUGUGGUUGUUCUAAUGGUCCUCGCUUUUGUGAUCUCCAUGUUCACCUUCUGUGGACCAUAUAAAGGCUGGAAGAAGCAUGGGAUACACAUUUUUCUCACUCUGUUCUUCUCCAUAGUCAUUUGGACUGCAUGGAUCAGCCUAUUGCUUAUGGGCAGCAUGUCUGAUGAGGGUGCUCAAAGCAAGUGGGAUGACCCACUCAUUAGUGUUGCUCUCGUAGUAAAUGGAUGGGUUUUCCUGAUGAUAUAUACAGUGCCAGAGAUCUGCUUUCUUGCUUCCCCAUGCAAGCCCAGGGACUACCCACCAAAGAAAUCCACAACCAGACAACAGAGUGUUGAAGUAGGAAGUACUCAAGCACCUGAUAAAGAAGGUACUGAGGAAGAUGUCUUGCUUUCCGCCAGUGAGAACUGUCUUCAGCCAAAGAACCUAGAAUGCAAAGCGUGCUUCUCAAUCCCUCGGGCAACCCUACGUCCAGCCUACAUGAAGGAUAUGACAGUGUGCUCUGAAGCCAAGAUGGCACCAAUCAAAGACAUACACUGAUCAAUACCUCAAUACACAUAAAGUCCAGAAGAAGAUGGUUGAUGUUUUGUUCAAUGAUGACUGUUCAUUUGUUGCCAGUUUCUGAUUCUCACUGUGUGGACCUCUGCCCCAACUUAAUCUCAGCCAAAGGCUUCUAAAUGGAACAUGAAUUUAUUCUAAACAUAUUCCUGGUAUCUUUCUUUGUUCCCUCUUUUUAAAAAAAUGACUUACCUUGUAUUUCUGACAACUCUCAAAAAUCUUUGAAGAUUCCAGCUUGUCACUCUAGAGAUCAAGCCAACAAUUAGGAAUGCUUUUAAUAAUAUGUUUGGUAAGAUUUUUAAAUUUACUUUAAUAUUGUACAGUGACUGGAGGUGCUAUGGGUCCCCUCACCCUGCUUUUCAUGAUAUAACUUCCCAUCCCUGACUAUAGCUUCUUCAGCUCAUAGUAUUUCCCAAGCUUAAACAAGCCACAUUGGAGAAAUUGAGAGCCUAUGUGGUGUAGUGGCUUGAGUGUUGGACUAGGAGGAUCAGGGGUAUAUCCCUUAUCACCCACAGAAACCUCACUGGUUGACCUUAGACACGUCACACUCCCUGAUUUUAAGAGGAAAGCAAUGGGAAACUCCCCCUGGAUGAAUCUUGCCCACAAAUGCCCAUGAUAGGUUUUUCUUAGUCAGAAACAACUUGAAAGUACAGUGGAUCCUUGUUAUACG